UUAAUUUGAUCAUGUGCGCCGUGCACGCCGCCGAACCGUUUCGCCUCUUCUCCUUUCCCGUCUCUCCCUUUGGCCUCCUCAACCCGCUCGCCCUGCGCCGCCGCCCCGGCAUAGCCACCUCUUCCUCACCUCGCGACGCUGCCACGCCUCUCAGGCGUUGCCUCCAUGGACCGCCGCCGGCAGAAAGUACCAGGGACGCCCUCGGCUCAGCUCGCCGCCACCGGUAGCUCCUCCGACCAGUCGCGGGAGAAGAUAUCUGGGACAGCACCAGCGCCCUCGGUUCAGUUCGCCGUCGCUGGUAGCUCCGCCGGCCAGCCACAAUCUGCUCGAGGGCCUAUGUAUAACCAUCCACCAGAUGAUCCUGAUGAUAUAGAUCAACAACAUGAUAGUGAUGCCAGAAACACUACAUAUCCAACAGAGUUAUACACACUUGAUGAAUUCCUAGCCGAGGAGGACAUGCUAGACUCCUUCGCCGAGGACAUACCGGUAUUCGCCCAGGUGCUACAAAGGGAUGCAAGAAUCCGAGAUCGUGGGACUCAUAGAGCACUCAAAACUGAUUUGGUAGAGCAUAUUUGGAAAAAGUUUGGGCCAAAAUAGACUAUCAUCAUCAUUUAUUUUAAGCAUCUUUAAUUGUAGGUGUAAUUUCAUGUAUUUUCAUAAUAUCUUAUUGGCACUUUAUGUAUGGACUCAAGUCAACUAUAUUUUCAUGUGUUUUCCUCAA